GGUAACUUCUCCCGUAUACUCUCCUUCCCUUGGAAAUACAUCUGCAAUCUGCGUUCACGCACCCUCGAAUAUGAAUCUGGUUCCCGCUGACCUAGAAUUAUUUCCCUCUUUUCUGAGUUCCUUUGCGUCACUUGUUCAAAUCGCAUCUUGGCGUAUCCGGCACUGUUCCGUUUGGCCUUCACGCCGCCUGGCAGAGCCGCAUCUCCGGAGAGCUGCCAUCCUCUUCCCGCCCAUCGCCUGGGAGGGGACAAGGUCACCUGCGCCCGGGUACCUGGCCGUGGCUCGGCUGCGCUCCCGGGAGGGAUCUUCGGCGGACUGGGUCGGCUCCGCUCGCGCGGCCAGGACUCUGGCCUUGCUGUCCCCGGUGCGGGCGUGCUGAAUUCCGCAGAAUUUGGCGAUCCAAAACUAAGGAACUGUGUGCCUUGCAGCAAUGUCAGCAGAUGCUGUUGCCAUCCCAGAGCACAUAAAUGGUAACAGUUACGGCCAAGAAAGCAAGCCUUCAAAUCUACGAGUUUCAGAGAAGAAGUGUUCAUGGGCUUCUUAUAUGACUAACUCCCCAACUCUGAUUGUAAUGAUUGGUCUUCCUGCAAGAGGCAAGACUUAUGUAUCCAAGAAAUUAACUCGCUACCUCAACUGGAUUGGAGUGCCUACAAAAGUUUUUAAUUUAGGGGUUUAUCGUCGUGAAGCAGUUAAAUCAUAUAAAUCAUAUGAUUUCUUCAGACAUGAUAAUGAAGAAGCCAUGAGGAUUAGAAAACAAUGUGCCUUGGUGGCCCUUGAAGAUGUGAAAGUUUAUCUCAUGGAAGAGUCUGGCCAGAUUGCUGUCUUUGAUGCAACCAACACAACACGAGAAAGACGGGAUAUGAUUUUAACUUUUGCCAAAGAAAAUUCUUUUAAGGUUUUUUUUGUGGAGUCGGUCUGUGAUGAUCCAGAAGUCAUUGCUGCCAAUAUAUUGGAAGUUAAAGUCUCCAGUCCAGAUUACCCAGAAAGAAACCGAGAGAAUGUGAUGGAUGAUUUUCUGAAGAGAAUAGAAUGUUAUAAAGUCACCUAUCAGCCUCUUGAUCCAGCUGAUUAUGACAAAGACCUUUCUUUCAUUAAAGUUAUCAAUGUUGGGCAGCGCUUUCUUGUCAACCGGGUCCAGGACUACAUCCAAAGUAAAAUUGUCUAUUAUCUCAUGAAUAUUCAUAUUCAGCCACGCACAAUCUAUCUCUGUAGACAUGGAGAAAGUGAAUGCAACCUUGUUAGAAAGAUAGGUGGAGAUUCGGGCCUGUCAAAACAUGGAAAGCAGUUCGCUCAAGCACUGAAGAGAUUUAUCAAAGAGCAAGAAAUUAUGGAUCUGAAAGUUUGGACUAGCCAGUUGAAAAGAACAAUCCAAACAGCAGAAGCCCUGGGAGUGCCGUAUGAGCAGUGGAAGAUACUGAAUGAAAUCGAUGCAGGAGUAUGUGAAGAAAUGACAUAUGAAGAGAUUCAGAGAAAAUAUCCAGAAGAGUUUGCACUUCGAGAUCAAGAGAAAUACCUUUACCGCUAUCCUGGAGGAGAAUCUUAUCAAGACUUGGUCCAGCGCUUGGAACCUGUAAUUAUGGAACUGGAACGUCAAGAGAAUGUCCUAGUUAUUUCUCACCAGGCAGUUAUGAGAUGCCUACUGGCCUAUUUUCUUGAUAAAAGUGCAGAUGAAUUGCCAUAUUUAAGAUGUCCUCUUCAUAACAUCUUUAAGCUCACACCAGUUGCUUAUGGCUGUAAAUUAGAAAUGAUUUCUCUGAAUGUUGAAGCUGUAGACACUCACCGGGACAAGCCAUCCACAGUGAAUAACCUUCCAAAGAGCCAGACCCCCGUAAGGAUGAGAAGGAACAGCUUUACGCCACUAGCCAGUCCGGACACGGUAAAACGUCCUCGCAAUUACAGUGUUGGGAGCAAGCCUCUCAAUCCGGCAGGAUCUCUGCUGUUCCUGGAGGCUCAAGAUCAACCAAAGCUUCAAGACAGUGUUCAGGCGCUUCAGAUGGAAAGUCCUUGCAUAAAAAAGCUGGCUUAGCAAUGUAGAAGUAUUCCCUUUGUGUCAUAGAAAAACGUCAUAGAUGUCUCUGAAAAAAUUCACCUUCGACUGGAACCACUUGAAAGGUUGCUUGAUGAAGCUGCUGCUAUCUCAGGGGCUUUAAAGUGUGGUGGAUUGCCUCAUUUUUUUGGACUUCUCUAGUAUCUCUGGAAAUGGAGUAGUGAACAUUUUCUUUAUGAUAGAUAUUAUGUGGUCAGCAUUUGAACUUAGAACAAGCUUGCUUUAAAGCUCUUAAGGCCUAAUAAUGCACUUGUUGGUUGUCUAUAAAUCACAUCUUUCUGACACUUAAAACACAUCUACAUUAAAAUUAUAAACCAAUUUCAUACCUGUUUAAAUGUCAUGGCUCCCAACUAAAAACCCUAAGAAAUAACAUUCUUGUAAAAAGUUUGUAGAAAAGCCAUAACAGCUAAGCUACAUUCAAACAGGUUGAGAUUUGUUGUACAGAUCUGACCCAUAAGAAAUUGGAAUUUCUUGCCUCUCCAAUACACAUAUACAAAUCUGAUUUUCUUUCUUUCUUCAUUUAAAUAUUGUAUGUGGAUUGCACUAUAUGACCUAACAAAAUUCUUCCUUAUAGAAAAAUAACUGCACAAGAAUCUACUUCUCAAAUAUGUGAUAGUUAAUUCAAAAAACUUUUUCUUAGAUUUUAACUGGAAUUUAUACUGUUAUACCUGUGGUAACAUUCACACUUGGCACAAAUUUACAAUUAAGAAUCUAUACAGAACAUUUUGUUGACUAGGUAAUAACAAGAAUGUCCACCUGAAUCUCCUUAAAUGUGGCCCACAGUCUUAGGAGACUCUAGUCUGUCUUACUUGGUUCUGCAGGAACUAUGAAGUGGUUUCUUUCUUUCAAGGGCAUUUAAUCUUGAAUUCUUGUCUUCAACAGUUCUUUAGUGGCUAACCCUCAGGUACUUAUCCUCAUUGCGGGAUCUGAAGAACAUUUUUAAAUGCACAUUUCAGGGUAUAAACAUCUUAGCCAAUAGCAAUAAGGUCUCUAAUAGCAAAGGCAAAAUAGGAGGAGGAAGGAAUAUUAGGUAUGUUCGCUGCCUUGAGCUAUAUAUAAAAAAAAUAAAAAAGGUGGGAUAAAAAAAAAAUCAAUUUAGCUUUACUAUUUCCUUACUCAUUUCAAGAGAAAAGUUAACAAACAGUAGAAGCAGAUUAGACGAUUGCUUGCUAACCAUUCUGAAACAACUAUCUUCCAAUUUUGAUAGGGGAAAUUCUAAGUAAAAUGUGCCAUUGAAGUAAUUAUUAUUAAGGCAACUCUUAAUAACAAUGAUUCCUUUUAAUGUAUUAUAAAUGUAAGCAGAAGCACACCAAUUAAGUAUAUCAUAGUAUUUUUCCAAAAGUGCCGUCUAUAUGAACUAAUUGGAAUUGUUAAUGUUACAUAAAUCCAAACUAGGAAAAUCUGGGUUUCUAGGAAGUUAGGUAAAGAUUUGCUUGCCGUAUUUUAAAGUUCUCUCUCUCUCUCUCUCUCUCUCUCUCAAGACCAUUGCUGCUCUGUUCAUGAUCCUUACCUCUUUGCUGAAAGGAAUGUUAUGGCCAACCAUGUCUGCAGUAGAGGGGGUCAAAAUCAGCAAGAUGACGGCUGUGGUGUUGUGAUCACAUUCCUUCCAUAUCUCUGGCAGUAAAUCGUGAAGCUAUGUCCACCGUCUUGUCGAUUUUGAUUCCCCCAUGGAUUGAUAUGGCAAUGGCCAAACUAGCCUGACUUUAAAUGUCUGUUUGUUUUUGCUUUUGCAAAUGCUAUCAAGCCUAAGUUUACAAUUGGCAUUUUAAAAGCUUACAGGAAAUUCUAAGAUAUAUUUGAUGUUAGAACUGAGUUCUGUGCUUGAUGCACAAUGAUUAACUAUUGACCUCAGAAAGAUCUUUAAAGCAUAAAACUUCUAUCCUCCUGCUUUGAUCUCUAAUAUUUAAAGUUUGCCUUAUUUCUGGUAGAAGGCAUCUUGUAAUUCAAAUAAUUUGGGCUUGCAAAAAUAGCACAAAACUCAUUGUGCACUUUUCCCUCUGAAUCCUGAAUAGAGAUAGCACAUCGAGUAAGUCAAAGCAGUAUGUUUGAAAGAUUUAUAUAACUGGAUAUAUAUCUUGUUGUUCAUUAAGACCAUUUUAAAAAUAAGUUAGUGGCAGUGUUUUGAAUUACUUCUGUUUGCAAAUGAGAUUGGUGACUUCUAAGCAGAGCAAAAUAUGAAUAAAGGGGACCAAUUCCCCCCUAAAUAGGGGAUGGUAAUGUUACCUUGUCAGUGGUGACUUUUCCCUUUUCUUCUUUUUUAAAUUUAAAAACAUAUACCUCUCAUACUUGGUGGAGGAAUUUUUCUACAUUUUCUUUAUUCUUACAAUGAUUGCCUCCAAACACGUGUGGAGAUUUUUUCAUCUAUUUUUUUUUUU